AUGUCAAAACCCGGAAAAUACCUCCUCCUCUCCCUCCCCACCUCCAUCGUCCCCUCGCACCACAAAGACGAUGCCCUCGAAGCCAUCUCGAAGACUGUCUCCCCUGACAAUGGCUCCGCCGCCUCUUUUCCUAUUCCGGAGUUCAAGAUCGGCACAUUAGACGGACUAGUCCAGCAGGCAGAUGAGCUUGCAAAGCUGGAAAGCCAGUGCGAGGGUGUUGUUGCGAAAGUGGGCGAUGCGUUGAAGAAUAUCCUUGAAGGAGAUGAGGCGCAGAUUGAGAGAAUGAAGGUUGUCAAUGAUAAGCCCGUGGACCAGUAUCUCCGCUCGUUCCAGUGGAAUAAGGUCAAGUACCGGGCUGACAAGCCGUUGGCGGAGUUGAUUGAUCUGCUUGCGAAGGAAACUGCUAGCAUCGACAAUGAUAUUCGGUUCAAGUAUUCGCAAUACAACCAAGUUAAGAAUAAUCUGGCUACGCUCCAGCGGAAACAAGCGUUCGUUCAAACCUUAUCUCUUGGAAACCUCUCCACAAAAUCCCUCGCCUCUAUCGUCGACCCAAAAUCUGUCGUUCAAGACUCCGAGUACAUUGAGACCCACCUUGUUGCUGUUCCUUCGCAACUGGUUAAGGAUUUCCUCAAGAGCUACGAGACUGUUUCCGCAAUGGUUGUCCCGCGGUCUGCGCAACUGGUUGCUUCUGACAGUGAGUUCUCGCUGUACGCCGUGACGGUAUUCAAGAAGCACAGCGCCGAAUUCGUGCACAAGUGUCGUGAGCAGAAGUGGAUCCCACGAGACUUCAAGUAUGUGGAGGGUGGCAAGGAGGAGGAGAAGAAGGAGGUUGAGAAGGUUGGUGGGGAUGAGCGGAAGCUCUGGGGAGAGACAUUGCGACUCGGCCGCACGGCUUGGAGUGAGGCUGUUAUGGUUUGGGUACAUGUCCUCGUGUUGAGGGUCUUUGUUGAGACUGUGCUGCGGUAUGGAUUGCCGUUGGACUUUGUCUGUGCUUUGGUUCGGACUCCGUCAUCGAAACAGGCCGACAAGGCUAAGCAGCUUCUCGACGAUAAGUACAACUACCUGGCUGGCAAUGCAUUUGGCCGCGACAAGAAGGGCCGUGUCAAGCGGGAUGAUCCCAACGAGAUGCACGGUGCUGAGAGUGCCGAGUACACACCCUAUGUGUACUACGACUUCGAGUUCCAGUGA